AUGCGGCUCGCCCUGCUGUCUGCGGCCUGCUUGGCCUCUAUUUGCGUGGCUCAAGACGCGCUGUUCCACGAGAGCGUAGGUCUGCAAUGCUCUAAAAGCACUGACUGCGGCUACGUGCCUGCUUUGUCGUGCAUCUCCGGCAAAUGCGAGUACUGCCGACCUGACGCUGAUGACUGCAGUGCUGAUGGAUCCAAGCGUUGCCAAGUGAUGGAGACUCGGGACGAAGAUACGGGCGAAAUGCAGACUCAGUACGCGCUAAACUCCGUCGGAGAGACCGUGCCUAUCGCCUACUGCACCGAAAAGAACCUGUUCGACCCCUUCACGUGGAAGGACGUAGUGGCCACUAUCAUCGCUCUGGUGAGCACAGCACUUGGCUCUGGAUGUGGUGUAGGUGGCGGCGGUCUGUUGGUGCCCAUGUACAUUUUCUUCUACGGACUGAGCCCCAAACACGCCAUUCCGCUGUCCAAGGCCACCAUCUUUGGCAACGCGGUAUCGGCCUACUUUUUCAACUUUAACCGGAAGCAUCCGACAAAUGCCAAGUUACCGCUCAUCAACUACCAGGUUGCAGGUAUUAUGGAGCCCACGACGCUGAUUGGCGCCAUCUUUGGCGUCAUGAUGAAUCACAUGUUCCCGGACUGGUUGAUUCUGGUGCUUCUGGUCUCGUUGCUAUCGUACAUCACGUACAAAACUGUCCUCAAAGGAAACACGAUUCGAGAGAAAGAAUCGAAGUACCAGCGCGCAGUCGUCAAGUCGGUGCUCAAGGGCGGCCCUGAUGGUGGAAUUAGGAAGCUUGGUCGCCAGUGGUCCAUUUAUCGACGUUUUGAUGUGGAGAUUGCCGCCCAUCGGUGGCUGGCGAAGACGCGUCGCAACAAAAAGUUACGAGAAAUUAGAGCUCAAGAUGAAGCAGACUUUGCGUCCUUGCCACCUCUUCGUGAGCACCAGCCAUCAAGUUCAGACCCACUACUAGGUGGCCUCGACAAGCGCGAUUUCGGAACUUUCGUAUCGGACGAUGAUCAGCAGCUGGAGAGACGUAAAGCCAUCGAGAAGCGCGAGAUGAAGGUGUUCCCGCUUAAGUACAUCACCCCAUUGGUGCUCUCCUGGCUUGUGGUGCUGGUGCAGUCGAUGCUUCGAGGCGGUCACGGUGCUCCUAGUAUAAUCGGAAUCACCUGCAACUCGGCGGACUACUGGAUGUUGACGCUGCUUCCGCUGUUGAUCCUGGUUGCGAUCACACUUUGGGUAGGACACCAAUUGCGACUUCAAAACCGACUCAAAGUGCUCUGUGACUACCCAUUUAUCCAAGGUGACGUCCACUGGAUUAAACGCCGUGUCCUCAUCUUCCCAACGUUGUGUACUAUGGCUGGUGUGGCUGCUGGUUUGUUGGGUAUCGGAGGUGGCAUGGUGAAGGGCCCGAUCAUGCUGGAAAUGGGGAUUCUACCGCCUGUGCAGUCGGCUACUGCCAAUUUCAUGAUUCUCUUCACGUCGUCCUCCACUACGCUGCAAUUCGCUAUCAACGGACAGUUCCCGGGCCAGUUACAGUACGACUACAUGGCGUGGUUCGCACUUAUGGGCUGCAUCGGUGGCUUCUGCGGCCAGAAAGUGGUGGCGUAUUUGGUCAAAAAGUACAGACGCGAGUCGAUUAUGGUCUAUCUGCUGGCAGUGACGAUUGGUCUGUCAGCUUUGGCCAUGGGUAUCAUCGGCCUGAAGUCCACCGUUCGAGACAUUGAGAAGGGCGUGCACCUCGGCUUCAAUGGCAUUUGCGACAGUGAAUGA